UUGUAGUUACGUUUAUACGAGUAUUUCUUAAAAAUAAUAAAACAAGAAAAAGAAAAAGGAAAACGUAAACAAGAAAAAGUUGAAAAAAAUGAAAAAGUCAUCUGAAACAGCAGCAGCUGAUCGGAGGCUGAGUACCGUGGCACGUCACCUCAUAACAACAACAACUAAUAAUGAAGAAGAAGAAAAUGGAAGUUUUAUGAUAUCAUCCUCACCAACUGCUGCUGCUGGACAAUCAGUUUUUUCCAAUAUAGUUGGUGCUCCAGAGGAUCCCAUUCUCGGGGUAACUGUUGCAUAUAACAAAGACCCGAGUCCAGUCAAGCUGAACCUGGGCGUUGGUGCUUAUCGUACUGAGGAAGGAAAACCUCUCGUCUUGAAUGUCGUCAGAAAAGCAGAGAAUCUACUUGUUAACGAUAGGACUCGUGUCAAGGAGUAUCUUCCCAUUGUUGGAUUGGCAGAUUUUAAUAAAUUAAGUGCAAAACUUAUACUUGGGGAGGACAGUCAUGCCAUCCGGGGAAACUUGGUUACGACAGUUCAGUGUUUGUCUGGUACUGGCUCAUUGCGAGUUGGAGCAGAAUUUCUGGCCAGACACUAUUAUCAACAUACUAUAUAUAUUCCCAAUCCGACAUGGGGAAACCAUACAAAAAUAUUCAACCUUGCAGGCUUGACUGUGAAAACUUAUCGCUACUAUGAUCCAGCAACCCGUGGACUAAAUUUCCAAGGCCUACAGGAAGAUCUUGGAUCUGCUCCAUCCGGAGCCAUUGUGCUUCUACAUGCAUGUGCUCAUAAUCCCACUGGUGUUGAUCCAACACUUGAGCAGUGGGAGCAGAUAAGGCGAUUGAUUAGAUCCAAAAGUCUCUUACCUUUUUUUGAUAGUGCAUAUCAGGGUUUUGCUAGCGGAAGUCUGGAUAAGGAUGCCCAAUCUGUACGCAUGUUUGUUGGUGAUGGUGGCGAAUGUUUUAUAGCUCAGAGUUAUGCGAAGAAUUUAGGGCUAUAUGGAGAAAGGGUUGGUGCAUUGAGCAUUGUUUGUAGGGCUGCUGAUGUGGCAAGUCGUGUUGAGAGCCAAUUGAAACUUGUGAUAAGGCCCAUGUACUCGAAUCCACCCAUUCAUGGUGCUUCAAUAGUUGCUACCAUUCUUAAAGACAGAAACUUGUACCAUGAAUGGACACUUGAAUUGAAGGCGAUGGCAGACCGUAUUAUUACCAUGCGCAAGCAACUUUUUGAUGCUUUAUCUGCUAGAGGGACACCUGGUGACUGGAGCCACAUUUUAAAGCAGAUUGGAAUGUUUACUUUCACAGGGCUUAAUACGAAGCAAGUCGCUUUCAUGACCAAAGAAUACCACAUCUACAUGACGUCUGACGGGCGUAUUAGCAUGGCUGGAUUAAGCUCUAGGACGGUCCCUCACCUUGCAGAUGCCAUGCAUGCUGCUGUGACCACUGUUGUUUGAGUUUAUUAUACCUACAUUUAUAUUCGUUCUAUUUUCAUACAUCUAAAUCCACUCUGCAGAUCUCUAUAAAUUGUUGUAACAAAAUAUAGAUGAUGACCUUAAUAGUGCUCUUAGAAUAAAAGUAUAUUUAUUGUUUAUUAUCUGGGAAUAAAUGUGAGAUUACUCUCUCUUUCUUUAGCAA